UGAAGCCGGAAGAGGAACCCCAGUGAAUUUACCACCAGGCGAGAUGAGUGGUUUAGGGAAGCUGUUUGGGAAAGGCAAGAAGGCCAAGGCCCCCACCCCGCAGGAGGCCAUCCAGAAACUGCACGAGACGGAAACAAUCCUGGUCAAGAAGCAGGAAUUCCUGGAAGAGAAGAUCCAGCAGGAGCUACAGUCGGCUAAGAAACAUGGCACAAAGAACAAGAGAGCUGCUUUGCAAGCCCUCAAGCGGAAGAAACGCUACGAGCAGCAGCUGGCCCAAAUCGACGGGACCCUCUCCACCAUCGAAUUCCAGCGCGAGGCCCUGGAAAAUGCCACCACCAACACCGAAGUGCUCAAGACCAUGUCGGACGCCGCUCGGGCCAUGAAAGAGGCACACCAGCAUAUGGACAUCGACAAAGUGGACGACUUAAUGUCCGAAAUCACCGAACAGCAGGACAUCGCCCAGCAGAUCUCCGACGCCAUAUCUAAGCCGGUUGGCUUCGGGGACGAUGUGGAUGAGGAUGAGCUGCUGGCUGAACUGGAAGAGAUGGAACAGGAAGAUCUGGACAAAGAGCUUCUCAACGUGGGCGAGGCCAGUCCGGAGCUCCCCAGUGCCCCCUCUUCUCGCCUCCCCAGUGUGCCAGCUUCCAAAGUGCCCUCCGCCUCCCUGGAUGAGGAAGACGAAGAAAUGAAACAGCUCGCCGCCUGGGUGUCGUGAUGCAUUGUGGGAAAUUCCCCCCUCCAUCUCCCUUGGUUUUCUUCGGAG